AACAAUUGUGAGCGGGCGUUAUAUUGCCUAGUUGAGGUAUGAGUGUAUUAGUGGCGGUUCUCAGGCGCGCUAUUCAUCAAAUUCAUUUGUUACCUUGAUAGUCAGGGAGCACUUCUGUUCUUGGUCACCCUUGUUAUUCUCCACCUCCUCUUCUCCUUUUUUUUUUCUGAAUUUUGAUUCUGCGACGCUGUCAGUUACCCGCAGGCCCAGUUCAGAUUGUGUGUUUCUUCGUCACAGUUUUGGAACCUUGUUAUAGAUUUGCCAUGGCUCCCGUGGAGGUGCCAGUAUCCAGACGGCGUAGAGCCCAGCAGAAGCGAUCCAAGACGGGCUGCCGCACCUGCCGUGCUCGUCAUAUCAAAUGCGACGAAUCACCCGGUAGCGUCUGCCAAAACUGCACGUCGACUGGUCGCAUAUGCGAAGGAUAUGAUAUGUGCCGGCUGCCUCAUAAACGAACUGAUGUAUAUCUGCCUGACAUUGCAAACCGUCUGUGUUGGAUCAUGAACUCGGACGAGAAAAGAUGUUUUUCCUACUUCCAUCAUCACUCUAUCUCCAGUUUGAUUUCCUUCUUCGACUCACCAUUGUGGCAAAAGCUUGUAAGGCAACUCAGUCACACUGAGCCUGCGGUCUAUCAUGCUGUGAAUGUCCUCGGUGCGGUCCAAGAAGACUCAGAGGAAUAUGACAUGCGUCUGGCAGGAGUCAACCUAUAUCGCCCUCGACACCGAUUCGCCCUCGAACAGUCUGCACGAUCCUAUGCUCUUCUCAAUAAACGACAUGCAUCUCAUGAUCCACAGUUCAAAGAGGUAACUCUAGUAUGCUGUCUGCUGUUCACAUUAUCAGAGCUGUUACUGGGGCAGUAUAAUACAGCUUUGCGGCAUCUCCGGAGUGGCCUGCAAAUUCUAAAUGAGGCAGCGACUUACACAAACUGCUUAUCAGCCAUCGACCAGUCUUUGGUCGAAGCCUUCGUGCGGUUGGACGCACAAUCAUCGCAUUUCGGAACGGAUGGGCCACUUUUGCAUCUGAACAAGGAGGGAGAAGAGGCGUGGUCAUACAGCGAUACAAUGUCAUUACCUCGCAAUGUGCAAGAGGCUCGACGGGAACUCAAUCACGUAUUAACCAAAGGCAUUCCAUUCCUCUCUGAGUGUUGGGCGCGUUCCAGUACGGAAAUCAGACUCAACUAUGACUCAAUGCACUUCACGCAACAGAGCCUUCUUGCUUCUCUGGCUCAGCAUAAGCAGCGAUUCGAAUUGUUUUGCGAACAGUCAUAUGCCACGCUCAGCCCGAAGGAACAACGAGGGGCGGAAAUAAUCCGAUUGCACUACCUGGCUCAGAUCUUGAGUAUCAAGACCUGCUUUUUCCACGGGCCGAUUCCGGGAUAUUUGACCACUGAAUACGCGUCCUUAUUAUCCGCUCACGAAGCGCUGAUGGCGAAAUUUCCGGAGCGUUCCACAACCACGUUGGACAAUGGCAUCAUCCCAGGACUGUAUGUCGUGGCAUCGAAAUGUCCCGACUAUCGUGUGCGCUUACGAGCAAUUAAAGCUCUCCAGUCUUGGCCGCAUUGCGAGGGCUUGAUAAAUUCCAACAUAGCUGCUUCAUUGGCCUUGGAAUCUCUCAAACGAGAACUCAUGGAAGGGAACAAGAAUGAGUUGUCACUCAUAAUUGGGGAUAACGAAGUAGAAUUGGUUCGCUUCUUGUUUGACACCCUAAGUUCCACAGAACGUGCUGCACAUUGGUCGAUGAUUAAAGCUUCUAGAAUUCUGCAGGAUGUACCAUGAACCACAAACACUGUCCUCCGGGAUUGAUACCUUUCGACUGAGAGCACUCAUAGUUAUUAACAAGUUCGAACUCCUGAUACCUUCUCACGAGGAACAAUACUUUGCAGAAGCAGGGCCGUGAUACUAUGUUUCUAUAAUAUCACCGAGGGCAGAUAUCCCGAUGCAGGGCACAUAUUAGCAUUCUAUUGUCAUCAAGAUUCUAUCCAUAACUAGGCGCGAUACAUUGUAUAACCGGAGGAAACCACGAACGGAGGAGAGCGAAA